AGCACCUUUGUCAUAAUGCCAAGUUCUGUUAUUGUUCAAUAAAAAUUUGCCGAAAAUAUUUUUACAUAUAAGGAUUCAGGUUUCAUCGUGUGGUUGGGGUUAAUUUGAGUGGUAAAACUGAUGGAUACUAUUGAUGCUCCGGUAUACAGUGCAACGACAAAGCGUCAGAGGCAGCAACUACCCAAAACCUCCCUUCAACAGGAACUGCAGGCAAAGAUGAGGGAAAGGAAGAAACUUGGUUUGAGUGCGGACAUCACUAGUGAGGAGAGUGAAGGACUGGACAGUGAUGAGGAAAAUAGCUGGAAGAUGGAAUACAGAGCUAGACAACAGGGCAGGCCUGAAAGACCAACAUCUGCCAAGCGAAGAGCAAAACCUGACCUAGGAGACACAUUACGUCCCGGGGAAGCCAACAGGUUCCUGAAAUCUUCAAAAAAAGACACUAAGUCUACAUUACGAGAAACUCCGCCAUUAAAAGAAUCACCUCGAUUCUCAAAAGAAAGUAACCGUGAUGUGGACAGAAUGUUUGGCACUUUAGGAGGAAGUCCAAAAGGGCGCACCACCCCAUCUCCCCUGGACAGCAAGUUUGGGAUGGACACUGUUGAUGCUCCAGUUUACAGUUCUAAACACAGAAAGUCACCGGCUGAGGAAGGCUUGUUUUCUAGAAAUUCUCCAGUCUCUCCUGGUCCCGGGGGUCUACCAAAGACAAUUCCCAGUGGCAAGCAUUCACCUGCCCCAGGGAAGCAGUCUCCUGUCACAAGAGAACUCACUGCAGAGGAAAAAAUAUUUGGAGUUAGACAGUCACCUACAAGAGAAAGUCCCAAGGAAAAAGAGUGGAAAGCUCCAAAUUUUCGACAGUCACCAGUUCCCGGCCAGGACAGAGCCUCUCCUAGCUCUGACUUUUUAAAAGGAGGCAGGAAGACGCCUGACUCGAGCCUUAUGCCAAUCAAUGAAAGCCCACGUCCGGUUCCCCGCGGCAGGCAUGGCGCCCCCACUCAGGAGACUAGGCUACGGUCCAGGGAAUCCUCACCAAGAUCUCUCUCCCUUGAGUCGCCUGGUCGCAGCGAGAGACCUAAACCAAAGGUGGACAUAUUCGGACGCAAAGAACGAAAAAUAGAGUUUGAGGAAGAUAAGACAGAAAAGACAACUAGCUCCCGAGAGAGGCGUAGAUUUACGAAGGACGACAAGUCAGCAGGACAGAAGUCAAUCACGGGUCGGAAAACUCCGACUGGUCGGGAAACCCCCACAGGAACAGGCAGAAAGAGCCCUUUUUCCACUGGCAGACAAACCCCUACUUCAGGAAAAAAGUCAUCAGGAUUAGAUAUGAAAGAUGAACAAAAGCCUAAAAAAGAGCCAGGUCUGUUUGACUUCUUGCAAGACGACGCAGAUGACAAAAAAGACAAAACUAGUGGCUCUAAACAGCGUCCCCGCCCCCGAGCAGAACGCCCUGUAGAGAGGAGGGGGGUUGGGAUGAAGAAAUCUGUAUCACAUGACUCAAUCACUGGGGAACUGGCAGCUGGAGACCAGCCCAGCAUAAUGGAGGAGUCGUCACGAGAUGACCGUAUUCCCAUGGACCAGAGCUCUGUAUGUGCCGAGCUUGAUGAGGAUCCAGAUAGGCGGAUAGUACGGGAAAAAGAACGUGAACAAAAGCUCUUGGGGCCAAGCAAACAAAGAAGUGAUCGUCGUGAGGCAGACGACAUCAUCUCCCGCGUGGAGGAUGCUCAGACAGACCCGAAACAACUCACUACUCAAAGAUCUGCUAGUGCCAAGACAAAUGAGAAGGUGGUUAAGCCCAAACCUCGGCACACAUUACCCGGAACUCGCCCAAGCUCUGCCGCCACCAGCCAGGACUCGGAGAUGUUCAACUCCACCAUGUCAAUCCGACAGACAAUCUUUGAGGAGUGGCGGCGAGCGCGUGACAAGGAGAUCAAGCAGAAGGAGGCGGAGAAAAAGAAAAAAGAAGAGGAAGAGAAGAAGAAGAAAGAAAAGGAAAAGCUAGACAAAUUACAAGAGAACAAGCUUUCAUAUGAAGCAUGGAUGAAGGAGCGUGGGAUAUCAUUUGUGAAGGAGCAACGCAAGAAACAACACGAAGAAGAGAAGAAAAAACAUGAGGAGGAGAAGGAAAAACUUUCAAAAAAGAAGGAUGCUAAAAAGGACUUUGAGAUAUGGAAGGAGACGAAAGAUGAAAAAUUGAUUGAUGAGCACAAGAAAGCCAUUGAGAAGAAACAUCGGCAGAAACAGGCUGAGAGGGAGAAAAAACUCGAGAAGGAAAAGGAUAACGAGUCAGCAUUUAAGAAAUGGAAGGAGAGAAAGGACAAAAUAAUAGAAGCGAAUAAGGAGAAGGAACAUGAACAGAAGUCACAGACAGCAAAACAGGUGGUGAUGACACAGAAGCAGAAGGAGAGACAGGCCAUGAAGGAUUACAAUGAGUGGCUCCAGAAAAAGGAAAAUCAGCAACAGAAGGAAAGUACAAUCAGGAAAAUUCAGAAAAUGAGGGAACAGCAAGGAGAGGGGGAUUACAAGCCCCCAUGGAGUCCGGCAAGCAAAAUAAUACCAUGUGGCAGAUAGCAGCAUUGCUUGCCAUACCACAGCAACCUCACUCCCCAUUAACUUAAGACAUUCCAGAAGUUGACGACAAUAUUUCUAUACCCAGCAGCAACCUUUAAUACAUCAAGUAGCAGAAACUUUAUUGCAAAUGGCAGAAACAUUCCAACAUUUAGCAACUUCAUUCCUUGAACUCUACAGAUGCUCUGUAUGUAUUUCAGCUGAAACUUAAGUGUUAAGAAAUGCUUUUAAAUUGUAAAUAAUGUCAGAAUGUUUAAUUUCAUCAUUGGCUUAAGCUAUGAGGUAUGACUGUAUUUAUGAAGGAGCUGAUAGACUAAUUUUUCAUUUUCAUUUUGUAUAUAUAUCCCAAUACUUUCACUGACUUACAUGUUUGUACCUAAUGCUCAUUCUAGAUGUCAGGUGUUUUCUCAACUUUGUAUUGACAUAUUGUGCUAUUUGUGAAUACAGAAUUGUUUUUGUUUCUAUGGUGUUUUACGUACACAGACAUGGUUAUGAAUUCCUUCUUAGUGUUGCUAUUUCAUUUGUUUUAUUUCAAGUUAUAUGUUAAUACGAAAAUUGUAUAUUUUUAGACUACAUAGAAUGUUAUGUAUGUUGUGUUUAUGGGUUUUUAACAAAAUAGUUAUAUUUCAAUGUGAAUUUUACAAAACUGGUGAUAUAAAGAGAGUACCAAUUUCACUGGGACAUUUUAAAAUUGAUUUCAUUUUGAAUUACUGAUAGUAGAUUAUUAUGUGAAGGGUAUAGGGGUUAUCCAUUUUGCAAUAAAUGUACAGAUGUAUGAGUGAUAUUCAGUUCUAUUAUUUAUAUAUUAGACAUAUCACUUAUCUUUGUUUAAUAAGUAUUUGAACAGAUAUUUAUUGUUAGGUUCAGAGUCUGUGAUAUCGGUUUGAGUUUAAUGUUGUAAUCUUAUGUUGUUAUUUUAUUUCAUGAAUGCAUGUUUGUAUUUCCAAAUACAUAUAUUUACUGCUCAUUAUACAGUACUGGUUGAAGAGGGAAACCUGGAUGCCUUGUAGCAUUUUACUUUUAGUUUUAAAAUAAGUUACGGUCAUAUUUCUAAAAGAUCUUAGCCAUUUAUCUCAUACUAGAUGUGCUAUUUCAUGUUUGCCUUAAAAAUACAGUCUUAGUAGAACAUUUCCAUGUUUUAAUACAUCUCGUAUUCUAAAUUUUCAUGUAAAAUGAAAAUGACAUAGUUAUCAACCUAGUCCUUUUUAACAUUUCUUGUAAUAGCAUACUUUUUACAGUUAUGAAUUGUAAUGUAGAAUUCCAGAUUUGUAGUAAAGCUGAAAAUAUUCA